AUGGCACACGCUGACAAGUUUGAUCGCCUGCUCAACUUUCGUGAUGUCGGUGCAUUCGUCAACGACUUGACGGGCUCAAAGAAGCUCAAAUCUGGUCUACUGUUUCGCAGCGCCAGACCGGACGAAGCUUCAACCGAAGAUCGCAGGCGCCUGAAGGACGAUUACCAUAUCCACACCAUCAUUGACCUACGCACAAAGUCCGAACACAUUGUUCAAGCUCAAAAGCGUUCCGUCCCUCUAGCCUCCGCCGAGCCUGUUGCUCCCUCCAACAAUCAAGCUGCUGAACCAGUAAAGAUUCCCGGCUUAAACUAUUCCGAGAUCAACUUCAACGGCUCCUCGUACUCAUUUGCUCUGAUCCGCCAACUGCGAUACUGGUCUGCCGCCAAGCUCAUUGGUCUUAUGGCUGCAGGAUAUCGCACCCAGGCAAUCAGCAUCUUGGGCACAGAGGUCAUGUCUGAGCGUGGGCUCAUCGGUCUGGCAUACGACUCGCUCGCUCACUGCACCUCUGAAGUCCUUGCCGUAUUUCGCGUUUUGGCUGACGAGAAAAGCUAUCCUGUUGUAGUGCACUGCACCCAAGGCAAGGACCGUACUGGCUUGACUAUCCUGCUCGUUCUCUUGCUGCUUCACGUCGACACAGCAGCAAUCAACACUGACUACAUGCGAACACAACAGGAGCUCGUCUCAGAACGCGAGGCUAGAAUCGUUGAGAUAAGAAGCAUUGGUAUGCCCGACUCGUUUGCUGACUGCGAUCCACACUGGGUUGAAAGUGUGGCUGCUCACAUCACUCAGAAGUAUGGAUCCAUCGAGGACUACCUGCUUCGUUGCGGUGUCAACAAGGACAUGCAGCAUACCGUGAGGCGUAUUCUGUUGGAGUAG